AUGUCUAUUGCAAGGAGCUGGAGCGGCGCUACUUUGCUAUCAGUGGAACUUCCGCAGAACCCUUCCCUAGACCACCAGAAUGGUACUACAGAGAUUGAGGCUGGUCUCGAAGUCAUAUGUCAGACAUGUUAUGUCAGGGGAUCCGCUACUGCUGAACUCAAAAUCAGCGGCGACUUCAACGCCAGCCAAUUGAUCGAGCAAUCCAUCGACGCAGUAAACUCCACUGUUCGCAACUUCACAGAUAAAUUCGACCACUACAUAGGAGACUAUGUAAACCAAGUUAAGGACAACCUCAAGGAUGGAAUCGACGCCUCAGAUUUCGACUUCCCCACCAUUGAUCUGGCUUUCGACAUCGAUGUCCCACCCGUUCCAGACGCGAACCUGCAUUUCCAAUUCGACGAUAUGGAGCUCUAUCUCGAGCUGGAGACAUCACUUAGUGCGGGCGCAACAUACGAAGUCACGCUCUUUGCUACCCAAACCCCUGUUGGAGUUAAGAUGGGCAAGUACCUGCAGCUCGGCGCAGUACUAACAGUCGAUCUACUUCUUUCUGUCAAAGGAGCAGUGGAUAUCAGCAGUGGCUUUCAUAUUAAGCUCGACGACGGCGUUGGUAUCGACAUCGCCCUCUUCGGAGACACCGUCUCAGACUUGACGAUCAACGGUGGCAGCUUCGAGUUCCUCCCUGUCACUCUAAAAUCCGCCAAUGUCGCCCUCUCCGCAGCUCUCCGCGUGGGCGCCCACCUCGGCGUUGAAGUCGUCCAACCUGAGUCCCCUUUCGCCACCAUGAUGUCUGAUUAUACACCACACAUCCAAUCCGGCAUCGAAGUUGCCGUCUAUGCCAACGUGGCUGAAUUCAAAACAAACGUAACAUAUGACCCAGAGGAUGAGAAGUGUGAUCUCAAGGUUGUGCAAGAAUACAAUCUAGCCGUUGGUGCUGUUGCUGGUGCAUCGGUGGUUGUGGAUUGGAGAGAUCAGACUGCUACCUGGGGACCAGUCAAUGAGAAGAGCAUUGCUGUCUUCACAACGACUUUGGCGGAAGUUUGUGGGUCGGCGAAAGCCACACCCACACCUACUAUAUCUGCAUCAUCUACUUCCGUUUCACCGACGAUAACGUCUGCGCCGGAGAGAAGACAGGACCUCAUCACUACAACACUCAGCACAGUACUCACGCGCAGCGGUAUCAGCUGCAAAGUCAUGGGUCUGACAAACUGCCCCAACUCCCAACAAGUUACCACGAAAGCAGUGAUCAGUAGCACAAUUACAACAGCCGUACCCAGCGGCAUCGAGGCUACAUGGCCGGCAGACACGCAGGACACUGUUACUACAUUGGUACCGUUUGGAAAACACGUUAGAACAAUCAAAACUCUUUCAGGAAGUCCCGUGCCAUAUGUUGCGCCGCCUCAAGAAACCAAGCAUUAUGGGGACGGCGGCGAUGGCGGUGUCGCAAGCGCUUUGGAACAUGCAACCAAGGGCGAGACAGGAGGAGUGAAAAAUGGUGUUAUCAUUGGGGUCAGUGUGGGACUGGGUAUACCGUUUUUGGUGGGUCUUGCUGGUGCGAUGGUGUUUUUCUCGAGGAGGAAGAAGAGGUAUGGAGCUGUUGGUGGGGCCGGCGCGGAGAUGGUGAGUGAGGAGUAUAGGGGACGGGAAGAGUACAAGGACGGUGUUGUUGAGGUCAGGGAGGAGAGCAAUGGUGGGGAGUCGAGGAGAUGA